AUGGCUUCCAGAAUCAAUCAAGCUUUUGCACUUGUGCUGGUGUUGGUGCUGCUAGGCGGCGCCGCUGCCACUGGUUCCGACGAAAAAUAUGAGGAGUCCAAGAAUGCUGGAGAUAAGGAGAGUUCGGAAUCGUGGACUGAUUGGGCCAAAGAGAAAAUAUCUGAAGGGUUAGGGCUUAGGGCUGAAGAAGCUAAGGAGAAUGCUAAGAGAACCUCUGAUACAUCCAUAGAUGCUGCGAAAAAGAGUAAAGAUAAGGUCACCGAAACAGCUACAGGAGCAGGACAACACAGUGCCGACAAAGCCGGGGAUAUAAAGAAUGCAGCACAGGAGAAAGCUACUUAUGCCAAGGAUAUUAUAGCGGAUAAGGCAACAGGGGCCAAAGACAAAGCAUAUGAAACAGCAGAGGCUGCAAAGGAGGAGGCUACUUAUGCCAAGAAUACAAUGGCCAACGAGGUAACAGGGGCCAAGGACGAGGCAUAUGAGAGCGCAGAGCAGGCAAAGAAUGCAGCCAAGGAGAAGGCUAGUUAUGCCUACGAGAAGGCAACAGAUGCUAAAGACAGAGCAUAUGAGACUGCGGAGCAGGCAAAGCGGAAGGGCGAGGAAGCUUAUGAGAAAAGCAGCCAGGCACAAGAGAAAGCAGCUGAGAAAGCAAAGGAAGCGAAGGGAGGAGCAUCUGAAAUGGGGAAGAGAGCAGUGGAUGAAAGCAAGAAAAAAGAAGCCGAAGAGCAUUUGAGUUGGGUCAGGGAGAAGGCGAAAGAGGGGUAUGAAGCGGCUAAAACAAAGGCCGAAGAAACUUUGGAAUCGGCCAAGGACACCGUUGCAUCCAACCUCGAGGCUGCCAAAGAGAAAUCACGUGAAAUAAAGGACAGUACUGCGGGUCGCAGUCGGGAUGAGGAACUCUGA